AUGGAGAUCAUCAAACUUCCUGGCUUCGGCCUUCCUGUCAACUACAUGCCAGACAAUAACGACCAUUUCCCUACCCUUCUGGGUAGAGACUCGGACUUCCAAGCUGCUACUCUCACCAAUCGCGAACUUUGCAUGCUUCGGUUCAUUGAGGAAAUUACUAACAAGCCAGAGUGGUGGAUCAAGGUGAAUGAUGAGACAAUUGCGAGUAGAUGGAAAGCUGAGGCAUUGGAAUUCGACUGGGGCCGAUACCUCAAGUAUGGGGAUUUCACUCCUGCUAUGGCUGAUGCAUGCAUCGAAGAGAUAAAGUUCAAGGCAGAGAUUUACGAGAAGACGAAGCUUCUUCCUGUUUACGACUACACUGCUGCCAUCGUAAAGUCUGAUCACCUGAUCCCUGACGACUUAUGGCACUCACUCAAAACUGGUGUCAAAGCUCUCGAAGAUAUCCCUGAUGAAGCCAAAGACUGGCAUCCCGGCAGCAAUGGAAAGGUCCUCAACUUGGUCCACCCAUCUAUGUAUCCACUGGUGUACGGCAAAUCUCGUGUUCUCCUUGGGAGACGCAUUGGACUCGCGGAAGCCCUCAAUGAUUGCGGCCAGGGUCUUGUUGUUGAGAAACCCACAGACAGGUCCAUCAGAGGCGAGUUUUGGCAUUGCACAUCUACGAAUUUCCAAUGGUUGCCCUGCGACGUCUCGGUCGAGAACGGACGUGUUAAGAUUGAAAGUUACAUCAACAACCUUCAUCCAGUGAAGAACGUGUCUCUCUAUCCCGUCAUCGAGAAGUUUAUCGAAAAGGCCUUGCCAGCAUGGGACAUUGUCUAUCGCUGGCUAGAAGAGUUCCCUAUGCAGCGCCUGAAGAUCGAACAGGCGAGGAGAAGAUGCAGAAGCAAGCGUACUUGCGCAAACUCUGACCAUACCUGCACACCUCUGGCUCGACCGACACGCGAUGACGAGCCUCGUAGGUGUGAUUAUGACAAUAAUAACAGUAACUCGGAGAUUUCGGACUCGGAUGACGACACACCUCGUGAAAAGCCUCGACACUGGCGGGAACCAAAAAGAACUCUUAAAGCUACGCUCCGGCAUUCGUUGAAGAAGACGGAUCAAUCAGACAGUGAAUAUGAGUCGGAAGACUAUGACAGCAGCGAGGAUAGAGACAUGCCAGAUAGCCAAACGGAAGAUGAGUACGAGGAAGAGGAAGAGCAAGAGCGCGACCCAAACCACGUUUCUGAGAAGGAAGUCAAACGUCGAGACCUACGCUGGUUCUCCAAAACCCAUCCUGUUAUCGCGCCAGAGCCCAGCCCCGAGCCCCAAUUGAAGUUCCGUGCUGAGGAUGUCAAGCCGGCGCACGAGAUCUUCCCCGAACCCGGACCCAAAAGACUGCAAGUUAUCGUAAAGCUGGCCAACAUCCAUCUCACCCCAGAGAAUCCAACCUAUCCAGGUGGCUCGUGGCAUACCGAGGGCCAACUCAACGAGCAUAUUUGUUCUACAGCUCUGUUUUACUACGACAAUGAGAACAUCACUGACAGCUACAUUGACUUCCGCACUAUGGCCAAUGCAGACGAGCUGGACGAGGGACUCCUAUCGUAUGAACAGUACGAUUGGAAGACCAUCCAACGUGUCUUUGCAAUUGAAUGGCCUGGUGGAGGUUCUCGGAUCCAGAGCAUCGGAAGUGUCCUCACACGAGAGAAGCGGGCUUUAUUCUUCCCGAAUGUAUUUCAGCACCACGUCAAUUCUUUCAAGUUGGCUGAUCCAAAAAAGCCUGGCCACAGAAAGAUUCUAGCCUUGUUUCUCGUGGACCCUGCGAUUCCCGUGAUUUCUACGGCAAAUGUGCCGCCGCAGCAGAAGGAUUGGUGGCCUGAAGAGUUGAAACCGAACGGAGCCCUGCCGUUUGAUGAGGAGAAAGCUAGGGAGUUUCGAAAGGAACUCAUGCAGGAACGAUCGGCGAAUGAAAUCAGAUCGUAUGAAAAGAUGAAGAAUGUCGAGUGGAACUUUUGUGAGCACUAA